AUGCCUGAAGACGAUGAACUUGUCAGGAAAAUGCGUGUGCGCAUGGAUCGUGAUGCAUAUUCCGUGCUUCUUUCAUUCAAGGAUGGCGCCACUCCAAUGCAGCUGGAAAAAAGAAUGGAGUUGGUUUUUCUGCCUUUCCUGUCAAAUACAAUUUUUUCAGCGAAACUCUUGGUUACACGUACAACGGUCAAUACUACAAGGGCAAUGUUCACGACAUGGCUCAGUUGUUGAGGGAACAUCCAAAAGUUAGACAAAGCUCUGAUGGAAAGUUCAAAAUUGUGUUUGUUUUCGCAGAUCAGCAUUGUACUUUAUUUCAACUAUUUUUUAGAGCAACCGAAGAGGUGGCUGAUCUUGUUGCACUUAUUGCCAACCAAAAGGAUGGAGGAAGGAAGAAAAAACCUGGAGGUGGUGGGAAAGGACGUCGACCAGUGUCGUCCGUUGGAUACCGUAAUGGCUUUGGAGGAGGAUUCGGUGCUCGAUUUUCUCCAAAAGGGAGUGGAAUGCGGCCAAUAACGUCUCUUGCAAAAUCCAACGUUCACAAGGCCAGUGAAAACUUCAACAUCAUUAAUUCAAGUGUUAAAUUUUAGCAACCCCACUUUCCGAUGAGCUUCGCCUCCCGUCCAUUGAUAUCGACUUCAUUCUCACGUCCUUCUACAUCAUCGUCAUCUAGCAAUUUUAUAAACGCUCAAGCCAAUACAAAUCGUCAACAUAACUCGAGUGUGAUAUCAAAGUGGGCCGCGUAUUCUAUUGGACAGCGUCCUCUUCGAGCUCCAACGGCUCCUCUGCCGAGCGCCCACUGUUUCGAUGGAAUCAAUUUACAGAUAUCUCAUUCUGUUUUGAAGCCUCAGCAGUCGGAGACUGUAAAACCCGAGACCAGGUCUUGCAAGAUACCAUCGAUUAAAGAGUUUUCUGAUAACGCAAAGCAGAUGAUGCUGAUGAUGCAUCCCAGGUCUGUGCAUGUAAGAAAAUUUAGUUUACUUCAACGUCUCUCACAUUGUUUUUAAGCUGUCCGAAAUGACAGAGCUGUAUAGCCAAGAAUUUGGACUAGCUAUCGAUCCUCUGCAGUUGUUCAGCAAGAGCUGGAACAUGCUCACACAAUCAACUUUCAAAGACUGGCUUGAAGUUGAUACUGAAGGAAACGUUAAACUCAGAGAUGCAUCGGUGACGAGAAAUGUUGCUGCCACUACUGGGAUCUCAAAAUUACACGAUCUCACUUUAUCCGAUCCUGCACCUCUUCCGGCUAUUCAAGGUUUCCGCUAUAAAGUCCCAUCCCCUCCGAAAUCGCCAACUGAACUUUUGAUGCAAAAAAUGAAAGGUACGCCUUGGAUACAAUACACUUGACAAUAAUUUUUUAGGUCUUCAGCCUGCUCCGUUGACCGUGAACUUAUGGGAUUAUUCAGCGAUGUAAAAAAUGGAGGAAAAAACGGAAAAGCUCAGGUAAAAUUUCAAACUUUCCUUAGCGCUUCUCAAGACAUUCUCAAACUUUCUAAAUGAAAAAACUUUUCCAAGACCUUUUAAAACCUUUUCAAUAAAUUCUCAAACUUUUUUAAUAAUUUCUUAAGCGGCGCCUAGGAAAGUUUGAAAUUUCACCUGAGAAGAGGGAAAAAAAACAGUGCACGCGUUGCAUUUUUCCCAUUUUUUCCAUUUUUUGACAUCGCUGAAUAACCCCAUUAGAGGGAGGCUUCGUCUCUUGUCUCAAAAUUUACAUGUUCACCCUUGUUUACAGUGUGUGAUUUCGAAAGCAGUUCGAAAGAUAUCUCGAGAGAUCUUGCUAAAGAUCUCUCGAGAGAAAUGCAAAAGAAUCUUUCGGCAGAAUAUUGCAAGAAAACCGAAUUUCUUUUGCAAGAUCUCUCGAAAGAAAAGCGAGAUUUUAACGACAUUAAUUCGAUUUAAUUUGUUCAGGCUGUGAAAAAAAUUAAUUUAAAAAAUAAAACUAAAAUGUUUUUUCUUCCGAAAGAAAUGCGAGAGAAUAUUCCGGAAGAAAAUCGGUUUUCUCUCGCAAGAAAUGCGAGAGAAUCUGUCGAUUUUCUGUCGCAAUUCCUUCGAAAUCAGCCUCUUUCGAGUUUCAUUCUUCCGAAAUCACACACAGCUUGUUUAUUAACCAUUAUUUCUUGGUUUUCCCGCACACUUUUUAAUUUUUAAAACGGAAAUAGUUUAGUGCCACCAGUUACGGGGCCACGGUCUCCAGAGCUUACAAUGGGCGCAAGUGCGCCCCGCCCAAUAGAGCGAUAUUAUAGGGGCACCGGACAGAAAGGGCGCGCUGUUCGCAAUCUGGCCGAAUUUCUAGGCCGCGAAGUAAUUUUCCACUGAAAAUGUGGCCUAACUUUUCAAACUCGGCCCCGAGGUCGCUCAAUUUGCACUGCAAAAAGAGUUUCUCAACAGAGCGCCAUUUCUGUGCGGUGCCCCUAUAAUACAUUAGCGCGAAAUUCAAAUUUUAACAGCAAAAUUUGUGUUUUUUGCCAGAUUAGCCACGAAAAACCGAUAAUUUCUCAUUUGUCUCUCGAUAGACCGAUUUUAUAGGCUAUUACGUAUUUUUAAGCACAAGAGCGUUAAAUUUGGUCAAGUCGCAAAUCACAUUUAUCCGUUUGAAGGUUUUUGGCUAAAACUGCGUGAAUUUCAGUUGCUUUUCGGUAGUUUUCGCGGUUCGAGCGCUCAAAAUGCUUGUAUUCACGUGAUUUAUCGUUCCCAAAACCAUCUCUGUCUGAAAACGGUCAAGAAAGCGCAAAAUGAGAAGUGAGGUUUUUAGGCGGCGAAGACGAAAAAGCGAAAUCCGCGAAAAAUGCGCCGAAACGUCAUUAAUUCUGAGAAUUCGUGUGUUUUCAUGUCGAAAAAUCAUUUUUCAUCGCCUUUGAUCACAAAAAUCAGAGAAAACCUGCUCAAUUCAUGAAAACGCCAUUUGGCCGAGGCCACGCCCAUAUUGUCAGCUCUGGAGACCGUGGCGGGGAAAAAACUUGAAAACGUGAAAUUUCUAGCAAAAAAACCGCAGACCCGGUUCUCACAUCUGAUCCCGGUGCAAAAACAAGUAAACACUCAGGCAAAUCGUUUCUAAUCUAACUAGCUUAUUCUCGUUUCUAACCGGACCUAGUUAGAUUGCUACCGAUUUCUGAAUCUAGCAAGCUGAUUUUGCAAUCUAAACAUAAUCUAGCUAGGUUUGCCCGAAAUUUUAAUCUAAUUAGAUAAAUUUUUAAUCUAAUAUCAGUGUUUUUGCAAUCUAAUUAGAAAAUUUAUCAGUCCAGUUAGAAGAGUUUGCAAUCUAAUCGCAGUAAAUUAGCAAUCUAAUUAGGUCCGGUUAGAAACACGAAUUAGCUAGCUAGAUUACAAACGAUUUACCUGAGCAAAAAAACAGAGACAAAUCGUUUCUGUAAACCAAAAAAUCACAGAUGUGGUUUUGCAUUUUUCAGGGCUCACAGUUGGCGCGCGCACUGCUCUGCCGACUCCAGAAAAGCCACCUGGCAUUCUAAAGUCAUCGAGUUUCAACCCAAUCAUGAAACUCAUUGGAGAGCGCACAAACACAACAGUAACACCAGCAUCUAGUGAUGCGGUUUCAGUUUCUGUCCAAGCACCGAUUCUAAAAAAGAAGGUUGAUCAAAAAUAUGAUUCACAAAAUAUGCGUACAUUGAAGUACAUAGAGAAAAGCGAAGAAAUAAAGCAGAGAAUAUCUUCGGCGUUGAAUGGUAAGCAGAGUUGAUUUUUCUGAUGUUUUGAAAACUGUCUGGUUUUUCUCUUCUUCAAGCCUUGUAAAUAUGAAAAAUUUCCAGGACUGCCACAAAUUCAACAACUUCGGAAGAAUGGCAAAAAGACGAUCGGAGGUCGUUCUGCUACUACCAGUAGAAACUAUAACCAGCAAAACAUAUGUGUACUGUCGACGGAGAAUGUUCUCGCGUCUCUUCAAAAUACACCGACCAGCUCUGAAAACACUAAUUCGCAGCCCUCGUCUCUGUCUCCACCACAACGAAUGCGACCAGUUCAGAAUACAGCCCCGUCUCUCCGCUUGAUUGGGCGAGCUCUCGCUGAUGUUAAAAAGCAAGACGACAAAACAGUGACACGAAGUUUAGAGAUUUUUCAACAACAGAAGUUUUAUAGCCUGCUCCACGACGUACGGAAACUCCUCUGAAGACGGAGUUGUACGUGACAACUGCUACUACACCAUCUGAAGCCACUCAACAAACGACUGCUUCUUCGCUGGUUUCGAAUGUCAUUUGGAACUUUGAAGAUGACGUUGUACCAACGAAAAAGUUUGAGGUACAGUGUCCGGUAUUCUUGACUCUCAAUGACGCAUCUUACAGAGCCGAGCUUCGUAUGUGGCUGGUCGCAGACCGUUGAUGCUUCCUCCAAUGUCAAAAGGAUCAGGUUCCACUAUUCAGAGACGUCCGGACUCUUCGCGUCCCUCAACUUGCUCGUCGCGUGCUUCUUCUCGUACUCGCACAACUCGAAUGUAUGAAGAAGCUGUUCGAAGCAAUCUGCCUGAUUCGGCUGACUCGGAGUGGUGAAGCGAUUGUGAAUGUUUGCCUUUGAAUAAUUUAUGAAAUAUAUGCAAAAAAUUUUACAAGCAUACUUUUUGUCUGUUUUUCUUGCCAUUCGGUUGACUAACCUGCUAAUGGUGUUUUUAGGUAUAAGUCUUGAGAAUUAAUCAAUUAAGGUUCAUAUCUGUUUGUUCCUCAUCCGAUUAUUGUUUCUCGGAGUUUACAAUGUUCUGUAGUGACGAAAAUAAAUUCAAAAAAUAAAUUUCAUUCAUAGUUGUUCAUGGUUGUUCACAGGCACGAGUUUAUUGGCGAAUUUUUAUAGAGUCAUCCAGCGACUUCAAAAAAUGGAGAAAAAACGUAACGCGUCCACUGUUUUUUUCUUUAUUUUUGACAUUGCUGACUAAAAAGAACUGUUUUUUACGGUUUUUUACCCGACUGAACAGGUCGAUGACACCUUCCACGAGACUGAUGGAACGGCCCUGUCGUGGCCGAAGAAACGUGUCCGACCCGGCCACGGCCAUGCGAAUCGUGUUCAUUUCCAGUCCCCGUUCUUAUUAAACGUUCUGAUUAUGAGAUCGGAAUGGUUUCCAGGAAGUGGGACCGUAUCAGUUAAAUCGACGAACCAAUCAGACACAUUUAUCUUUUCGCCUUUUGCUCUCUCGACCCUUUCCUCAUCAAAAACAUUUAUUGUAACUUUUCUGUUUUUCAACGAAAUUCUAAUACGUUAGUCGGGCAUCUGAGAAUGAUUUUUCUGAAUUGUAACCUCAUUAAAACGUUUUUAAGCUAGCAAGCGCCUAUUGAUUUUUCCUGUUCUAGCUAUCUUGUGCAUAAAAAACAUUGAUUUCGCAAUUGGUUUUAUUUAGGUGUGCUUGAAGGGUUGAAAUAGAAUUGGCGAAAUGAAAAACGAUCCGUUUGUAAAACCUGUCUUAUAAUUUUUAAUGCUUUUUAGCUUUCGUCUUCCAUCAUAUUCGCAAGUGCCGUCUAGAGUCAAAUUAUUUGUAGAGCAGUACUUCGAAUGGAAUCGACCUUGAUUAUAAUUGUUGUUAAGUCAUGACAACAGCGGUUUAUUCUACAGAAACACAAGGUUUCAACGAAUUCCCGAGCGGAGAUAAAAACAAGCGUCGAGUAAGAGUACUGAAAAAUCUAAAAUCGACAAAAUCAAAGACUUUGCAGAUGUCGGAGCCUGUGGAUUCUUUUUCCACUUCCAGCCAAACUAAUUUGUCGAACACUGACGUUUUACCUCGAGACAACGAACAUUUCAGUCGGGAGGACGAUCAUGUGUACACGAAUAUCAAGGAAAUAGAAGAGUUGAACAGGUUUCUAUCCAAAACAAAUCAUUCUUUGCUCCACGGGUUUGUCCCUGUUUGUAUGCUUGCUGGCUUGUUUAUUUCUCCGUUUGUCCGUCCCCACGUUCAUUUCUAAGACGAAAAUAGUUGUGACGGAGAAACUAAAAAAUGAACACGUGAACUUGCAAACAGUUAAUAGAAACAAAUAUAUAAGCGGCGAAGCCGCUUCCGAGCCCCCCUUCCGUGUGACGCGUCAGGUCGGACCGCGCAGCGGGCCCAGGUUCGAUUCCUUCCAUACGUCUGUUAUGGGACUAUUCAGCGUAUGUUUGUUUUCCGUUUUUUUACAUCGCUGAAUUGGGUUUUUUGACGUAAAAACGGAAAAAAAAAUAUUUUUUUUUCAGUCUGGAUAACCCCAUUAUUACUUUCAGCCGACCUAUUCCACCAACUCCACGCUCUGAGGACAGACCAAAAAGAGAUCUGUUGAAUGGGUGGUUCGAGUAUGAAACGGACGUAGGUAGAACGUUCUUUUACAACCAAGAAACUGGAAGAAGUCAGUGGAUUCCCCCGAGGUUUAUCAGAACUCCAGCCCAAGUACAAGAAUUUCUACGUGCUACUCGAAGCAAUCUCGAUGGGACGUGCACAUUCGAAGGAGCUUCAUCUGAAGAGCAAAAAGAGAAUACCCUUCAAAAUGAUCCGAUUAAUAAUCGGAAAAGUCAAGUGAAAGAAGAGGAUGAAGUUUUUGAUAAAGUGUGUGACGAUGUUGAAGAAGCGGAAAAAGAAGAAAUGCCAUUACCGGUACGCCCACUUCCAAUUCCUUUCAAUGACGCGUUUUCGGAAAUCGAUUCGGAAAACUGUGAAAACGAUGGAUUCUCAGAUUCUGACGUGGAAAUCGGCGAAGAACCGAAAACGAGCGAUUCAGGAGCUAUGA